AUAUAUUUAUACACUUUGUCAAUUUUUCUUUCCACUGCGAAGCUCGCCAUUUUAAACGCGUUUUGAGUUCUAGCUUGCUAGAAAUUGCAGACAACUAAAAUGGGUCACGCAAAUAUAUGGUACUCCCAUCCCCGUAAAUACGGCCAGGGUUCUCGCUCAUGCCGCGCCUGCUCCAACAAACAUGGUCUCAUCCGUAAAUAUGGAUUAAACAUUUGCAGACAAUGUUUCAGAGAAUAUGCUCAUGAUAUCGGAUUCAAGAAGCUGGACUAAAUGUUUGGAGAAUAGGUAAAUAAAAUUAUAAAAACCC